CCACCGCCGGCCAAUCGCCUCUUAAGCCGCUGCCGGGCCCCGGACGCCGGUCUUGCCGCUCGCAGCCUCGCUCGGAGCAGCCGGGAAGCAGCAGCCGCCUCGCCGCCCCGCAGCAGACGCCCCCAGCAGCAGCGCUCCAGCAGCGGUGGGCACCGCCUUGACGAGCCGAGCCGAGCCGAGCCGAGCCGAGCCAUGGCCUCGGAGGGGAAGAUGACCGCCCAGUUGUUGAUGGCCGUCGGGGGUGCCGUGUUGGGGUCAUUGCAGUUUGGGUACAACACUGGAGUAAUCAACGCACCGCAGAGGGUGAUAGAGGAAUUUUACAACCAAACAUGGUUGAACCGAUACGAGGCCUACAUCACACCGGGCAUGUUGACCACUCUCUGGUCUCUCUCCGUGUCCAUCUUCUCAGUCGGUGGGAUGGUCGGCUCGUUCUCCGUUGGGCUCUUUGUCAACCGCUUUGGACGGAGGAAUUCCAUGCUGAUGUCCAACUCUCUCGCUUUCCUUUCGGCCAUCCUGAUGGGCUUCUCCAAGAUGGCCGGCUCCUUUGAGAUGUUAAUCCUCGGCCGUUUCAUCGUGGGCGUUUACUCGGGCCUCACCACGGGCUUCGUGCCCAUGUACGUGGGCGAGGUCUCCCCCACGGCUCUGAGGGGGGCACUAGGAACACUCCAUCAACUUGGGGUCGUGAUUGGGAUCCUGAUUGCACAGAUUUUCGGUAUUGAUCUCAUCAUGGGGAACGAAAACCUCUGGCCCCUGCUGUUGGGGUUCACCUUCAUCCCCUCCUUGGCUCAGUGCAUCCUGCUGCCUUUUGCACCCGAGAGCCCCCGUUUCCUUCUCAUUAACCGCAACGAGGAGAACAAGGCCAAGAGUGUUCUAAAGAAGCUCCGUGGGACGACCGACGUCAGCAGAGACCUUCAGGAGAUGAAAGAGGAGAGCCGGCAAAUGCUCCAGGAGAAGAAGGUCACUAUCUUGGAACUCUUCCGUUCUCCUAUCUACCGUCAGCCCCUCUUGAUUGCCAUCGUACUGCAGCUCUCUCAGCAACUUUCUGGGAUCAAUGCGGUGUUCUACUACUCCACAGAUAUCUUUGAAAGAGCCGGAGUACAGCAGCCUGUUUAUGCCACGAUUGGGGCUGGAGUGGUCAACACAGCCUUCACGGUUGUUUCGCUGUUUGUGGUAGAACGGGCCGGCCGAAGGACACUGCACCUCAUUGGACUCUCCGGGAUGGCCAUCUGUGCGGUUCUCAUGACUAUUGCCCUGGCACUUCUGAUUCAAGUGCCGUGGAUGUCCUAUCUUAGCAUCGUCGCCAUCCUGGGCUUCGUAGCAUUUUUCGAAAUUGGCCCGGGACCCAUUCCUUGGUUUAUUGUGGCUGAGUUGUUCAGCCAAGGCCCACGUCCUGCUGCCAUCGCCGUUGCGGGACUGUCCAACUGGACCGCCAACUUCAUCGUAGGGAUGGGCUUUCAGUAUGUGGCGGACCUCUGUGGCGCCUACGUCUUCAUCAUCUUCACCGUCUUGCUGAUCCUCUUCUUCAUCUUCACCUACUUCAAGGUGCCUGAGACCAAGGGCCGAACCUUUGAUGAGAUCGCCUCCGAGUUCCGCCAAGGAGGUGCCGCCCAUGGAGACAAGUCCACGGAUGAGUUCCAUAGCUUGGGUGCCGACUCCCAAGUCUAAAGGCUGGGACCUGGGCGGGCAUCUCCUCCGAGUUGCUCCUGUCCUGCCCAUCCUCUCCACGUGCUGGUUACAAAGCCAGGUCCGAGGCGAAGAAAAGUAUUUGGGUCCCGAGUCCAGCCCCACCGCCUGGAUGACGAACCCAACCCAACGUAGCUCCUUAGGAACCCUUAGCUGGUGGCGAGUCCAGGAUUUCAACGUUGUCAGAACCGUUCGGAAGCAACGAUUCCUCUUCGUGGCCUCGUCCUUGAGAAGAUAGCACUUCUGCAGCCAUCCAUGCUCUAUUCUUUUUUCCUCUUUGUUUUAUAAAGGAGAAAAAGCAUCUCCCCUUUGCGCCCCCCUCAAAAAAACCUUGCGUUGCCAGAGACAAAACACUGAAUACCAUUAAACGCCGGUUAAAUACAAGAUGGGGGGGGGGGCAGAACUGAAAAGUUGGAACUUCUGAAACGAACUGAGACUGGAUCUGAAGGGCCAGGGGUGGGGUUUUCCAGGCCAGCAUUUUGAAAAGUUGGGGAGAGGAACUGAGCUAAGGUAGGGGUGUCCUCUGAGGAGUGGCAAUCGCAUUCUCAGAGGGAUGGUGUGGGGUUUUUUUUUUUGGUUUUUUUUUUACAAAAAGACAAGAUUUAAGCCCUUGGUUCUUCUCCCCAGCCUACAGUGGUUAUUUUCUAAAAGUCGACAGAAAAUUGUUUCCGGUAGGAACAAAGUUCUUGGCGUCCCCUUCCUUCUGCCCAAGCUUGAGAGGAGGCAGCGAUGGGUGCCCUGCGGAUCCCCCAGUAGUUGUGAGGACCACCCUUGUUGACCUCCUGCACCUGGUCCACCCUGGCAGUAGGUGGCCAGGCCAGGUUGUGGCCCGAAGGCAUCUUCCCUGAGAUGAAAGGAAGAAUGAGAGAGAGAAUGGGAGAGAAAGAGAGAGAGAGAAAAAAACAAAUUCCUCCCUUUUCAGGAAUCCUUUCCCCAAGAUUCCUGCCAGGGGUGGGGUUGGUCUCCCUUUGGACUCUGCCGGGCGUAGGGUCCUGGGUUCAAGAAAGAACAUUUCCCCGGCCUUGGCCAAAGACGGUCCCAACUGACCGCCUCUGAAGAGAGAGAGGAGACCUCUCUGCCCUGGAAACUGGCUUAAAUCUUUUUUUCCAGAAGCCAACGAUUCCAGAAGUCAUACACUGGGGCAACAAUGAGAUACACACAAACACACCCCCAAAUCUGUUUCCAGCUCCCCAUUAACCUCCUUGCACCCACCCUGCAAAAGAGCUCCGGAGGACACAGUUCUAUUGUGUCUUUGAGCAAUUCCUGGCCUUUGGCAACUGGACUCACUCAACACCCCGUUCUAACCCCCCAAAACGAGAAUAGCUGCACCCCUUUUCCUAGCUUUCCUAGACUGGAAAAUAUUUAUAUUAUUAUUAUGUAUGUAUAUUUUUUAUUUUUGGUUCCUGUUUCAUGUGGGCAGUGCGCUAAGUUAUAGCACUGUUUCCAAUACUGUAUUUCCUGCAAAGACUGUAUUUUUGAAUAGUUCUAGUUUCUCUAGCCGUCGUUAAGAGCUGUAUUUCACUACAAUAAACUUAUUUUUUUAUAUAUAGGGUAUCUCACCUGCACUGUAGCAGAACCUGUUGCACUGAUAAUGUUAGGUUUUUUCUUUAGUCUAGUCAGCCAACCUGGUUUAAAAAUGGCCUUUCGUGUUUUGUGUUUGCUAGUUCUCGACAGUUUGCAAAAAGAAAGAAGAUUCCUGAAGCAAAACCAUUAAACGCACCUAUUUAAUAAUAUAUGUAUAUUUUAUUUAUUUGUCUGUUUGUAAACCGAAGGCAUACACCCAACCGCACUUGAAUAAAAGAAUUACGUUUUUAGGGUAUUUUUUUUUUCUUAAAACGUUAACUUUUGUGUUUUGCUGUGUUACUGUGUGAUGUCGAGGGGGGAGGGGCUCCUUUCUGGAGUGCCAAUGAGAAGGAAAGCCAGAAAGGACAAGUUUGUAUGGAUCAAAUAAAUAAAUAAAAUAAAA